AUUCUUAAUUACUAAUUGAAAACACUAUUUACAGAAUAAAACUUAAACAGCUAUAAUUUGUUUCUAAAUUUGUUCCUUAAAUUGAUUAAUAGUACCUAGUACGAGACCAAUUCUUUGAGCUUUCAACACCGGGAACAUUGGUGAAGUGGCUUCAAGGAACUCCGAAAAGUUUCAACCGGAACAUCCUCAAAGAAUUGUGGCAUCAAUAUGCAGAAAGCAAUCACACGUCAGACCCGAUCGCAAACUCGAGCCACCCAAGGUGAUGGAAACAGUAGUUCUCAACCUCCCUGUGGCGGUGAACAAGUGCACAACAACAGUGAACAACCAUUUGAGCCCUCGCUGAAUGACAUCGAGCACGGUGAUGACUACGAAUGUGUAGAAUGUAAGCGGCCCAACAACGCGGAGUUGUACAUGGUACAGUGCGGACAUUGCAAGCACUGGUACCAUUUCUCGUGCGCGAAAGUGGAUGCAGCUACAGUGCGUUCGAACGAAUUUACCUGUGCAAAAUGUUCACCGAAAGUGCCACCACCCGCCGCUAGUUCCACGACCGGGCGAAUUAGCAUUUCAAGCUCACGGAGAGCACAAAUCGCUCGGGAUCUCCAAUUGCUGGAGGACGAACGACACCUACGGGAAAAUGUGGAAUUGGAAAGGCUUCAGCAGGAGAAAAUGCUUGUUGAAAAGGCGAUGAAAGAGAAGCUUGCUCGAGAAAAGGAGUACUUGGCCCGGAAGCAUGAGUUGCUUCGCCAGCAGGACGAAGAUGCUGGGAGCACUCUAAGCAGUCGCAGCAGUCAUGCAAGCAGUCGAAAUAAAGUGGAAGCCUGGUUCAAGUAUCAGCUGACCGCAGAUUCGAUCGCUAAUGGGACAAACCUAGAAGAUCCACCAGUAAAACCGUCAGUUCCCGAUGGAUCGUCAACUCCAAUGAACAUCAGCCAAGUCAACGACGUUGUCUGUACGCAAGCGCUACCUGGCGUCAAUAGAGAUGUUACCUCAGCUUCCCGCACUAUCGAUAGCGUUUCCAUCGAGGAAAGUCCGGGGAUCGAUGUUGAGGUACAUCGACAGGCCGGUCAACAGCAGCAACCCGCGACAACGCAAGCUAGUCUACCGAAGCUACCAUUGGUGGACAUCCAACCAUUUGUCAAAUUUCUUGACGAAGCUAUUCCUACCAGUUCCGAGAUCGCCCUGAUUUCAAAGCCUUUGAAUACAGGUGCGCUCCCAAAGCUCGUUCCUAAACUGAUAGGAAGUUCUCGCCCUUACGCGCUGUGGCAACGCGAAACGAACGAGGUGCGGAGGAAGCAUUUCAGUGAGCAACAACACUCAGAAGAGCUACAGCGUCGGGACCAACGCGAACAGGAGCUGCUAUCUCUCUUGAAACGUGCAGAAGAACAGCGCGAGCAGGAUAUACAACGGGUGUUGGAAAUCGAAGCUACUCUGAGAAAGCGAAUGGACGUCGAGAAACAGCAACAAAAAGAGAGCGAUAUGAGAAGGGAACGCGAAAUGGACCUGGUCAACAGACUGAAGCUACUCGAGCACCGAUGCGCGCAGGAACAAGCGAUGCGCGUAGAGGAAAAGCAGAAAUUUCUGUCCAAGGAGCAACGUCAUUGUGCCUGCAGAGCGGACAACAUCCAGCAGCAUAUCAGCGUGGCAUAG